GGCGUGGCUGAAUCCAACACCCACGCAUAGAUUAAUGCUGAUAGUGAUAAAGAUCAGAUGACCUUAGAUGAAAAUGAGGCAGAGAAGACAAAGCGUGAGGAUUAUUAGCAUCGUAUCUGCUCUUCUCUUUAUCUUUCUUUACACUGGCUUUAAAAAUGGAGGGAGAGAUGGGCUCAGUCUCAGUAAUAGUGACAUUCAGCCAGAACUAGCUACCACACGGAAGUUACUUGGAUUUGGUCACAGUUCUGCGCCAAUCUGUCAGUCGGAUUCUGAUAAUGGCGGGGACCAGGACAAUGCUAACUGCUCUCAUCCUUUGCAUAAAAACAAUUCUUGUCAAUUCGUUAAAGAUAAUUGUGGAGAUGAUGUAGCCCUCUUCGACUAUCUGGCCUUUGUCGCCUGCUCUCUUCAUCAUGUGAAACCGAUAGCUUAUAUUAUAUUAGCAUUAUGGCUGGUGUAUCUCAUUUCCUUGUUAGCGACGACAGCUGAUUAUUUUUUUGUACCACCUCUUAAUUUACUAUCCGAUAAACUGAAACUGUCCCCAAGUAUUGCUGGAAUUACUCUGUUAGCUAUUGGAAAUGGUGCUCCUGAUGUUUUUACUGCCUUCUCCGCUCUUAAAAAUGGAGACCUGCCACUAGUCCUUGGUGCCCUCAUUGGUGCAUCAAUAUUUAUCUCGACUGUUGUCUUGGGUAGCGUUAUAUUAAUAACUAAAGUGACCUCAGACACAAUAGAUAAGAUUGAUUUUACUCGUGACGUAGUGGCCUACAUUGUGGUUGUAGCUACAGUUAUACUGGUAGCUUUUGAUGGACUGGUUGAACUCUAUGAAGCAAUAUUCUUCCCCAUUAUAUACAUUGUUUAUAUAGCAGCUGCUAUAAUCAUAGGAUACUUAAGAACUGCAUGGAAAAAACAUAAAGAAUCAAAGAAUGGAACUAGCAUACAGACUGAUAUUGAUAAAGGUGAUAGUGCUAUAGAAUGUGCUGAUGAAUCAAGGCCAUUAAUAGAAGCGUCCAAUAAUAUACUAGGAACUGAAGUAAAGGAAAAAGAGAAAGAGAGACUGGAACUCGAAGGGUUAACAUUUCCGAGGGGGCGUAACAUUGCCGUAAAGAUACAGUGGUUUCUUGAGCUACCUUUCAGCUUGUUGAGAUGGAUAUCUAUACCACCUUGCUGCCAUGACGGUAAAUGGUCGGAGUGGCAUCGCUGGUUUGCUGUUAGUUCUCCGAUUCCAAUGAUUGUGAUACUGGCUAUCACAGCUGGUGGCUGGUCUGCUUUUACUUAUCCAAUUGAAUCAACCAAAUUCCCACUUAUUGUUAUAUUCUUUAUUAUAGGUAUAAUAUUAUCAAUAGUGUUGUAUUUUGUUAUUGGUAAGACUAAACCUCACUGGAUAGUCCAGUCACUAUUAGGACUGGCUGGAUUCAUCAUGUCAAUUGCUUGGCUCAACAUUGAAGCUAAUGAAGUCGUCAGUCUCCUCGAAGCUUUCGGACUUGCUUUUAGCAUUGAUACAGCAAUCCUUGGUCUCACAGUACUGGCUAUUGGUAAUUCAGUAGGCGAUUGGGUCGCUGACACAGCAGUAGCAAGGGCCGGUGAGCCAGGUAUGGGCGUGGCUUCAUGUUUUGGGUCUCCCCUACUUAACGAUGUCCUGGGUCUCAGCGUUGCCUUGAUAGCAAAGAUUGGUAUUUAUGACAAAGGGAAGUCAUUUCCAAUUUGCAUCCAAAGCAGAGAGUACGUGAAAGUGAAGCUUUCGUGGAUAUUUUUAUCUUUUUCACUUAUUCUGAGUGCACUGGUAUUCCCACUCUUUAAAUUUAGUCCUCCUAGGGCAUAUGGUCUUGUUCUGAUAUACAUCUACAUUGUGUUUAUGUUAUUUUCUGUAUUGGAUGAAUUGGACAUAUUGAAGUUUUAUUAUUACUUGUAAAAAGCUUUAUUUUUAAAUAUUUUAUAGUAGCUACAUGUACAUUUGUAUGAUAAUACUACCCAAAAAAGGAUAAAGGAGUGGCUUUAUAAACUUUAAUAACUUGCAAUUAAGCACAUUCAAUUUGA